UUCAUGCUUUAGUGUAGAACUGCUUUUUAUUUUGAGACAAAAGCUUGGAAUGAAAUUUCAGACAUCCCAAUAUAGUUACUUCAUUAUUAGACUUUUUUUUUUCUUUUUACAAUGCUGUAUGUUUGAUUAUCAGAUUAAAUAUUCCCAGGACAGUUUUAUUGCACCAAGACCAACAGCCAUGUAAUUUUGCCAGAUGUGUUUCAUUAAAUCUUAAAUUUAGGUGAACACAUGAAAUCUGCCAUUACACACGAUCCCCAGUCUGAGGACAGCCACUGUAACACUUAAGGAAAUAUAUAGACUUACCAGGAGACCAGCUUCUCAAAUCAAAAGGGUGCAAGAAGGAAAGGAACAAAUAACAUUGUGUGUCCAAAGAAAGUAUUAAAUGUGGAAACUCAGAUCUAUACAGUUCUCACAAGAACCCAACUUAAGGGUGAUGAGACCUGGCCAAUCCAUUCUGUAGCAUCUUAAAGGUUGUGGAGACCAAGGAGGUCUUUAUUGACUAGAGAAAGGCAAGUACUGUUCUCAUCUUUGGAAAAAGUUCUGAAGAUUAUCCCAGGGAACCACAGGCCUGACAGCUUGGACUGUCAUGAUGGGAUUCCUAUUGGAGCACAUUUCUGGGCAUGAUAAGGACAUUACUGGGAGCAGUCAGUAUGGUUUUUAAAAGAGUAAAUACCCAUGACAAUUGGGGUACCAGAGGGUUCUAUCCUUACGUCUAUCCUGUUUGACAUCUUUGUCAGUGAGGUAGAGGAGCUCUCAUCGUCAUGUUUGUGGAUAACACCAGGUGACCAAUUCAUUUGCUCAAAACAGAGGCCACACCGGCUGAAAAAAAGGUGAAAAACAAAAAAACAAAAAAACAAAACAAAAAAAAAAACUAAAACUGAAUUCAUCAAUUAAUGGCUUUUAAUUUAAGUUGUCCAGAAAAGGAAAAUUAGUGCUUUAUUGUUGGUUUGGUUUUUUUUUUCAAAGAAAAAGUGAUAUUAUCUUUUUCAAAAUAAGUAUUGUGAAAAAAUUUCCUGUGCAUUUCUUAAAACUAUGAAUUACACUACUCAUUGUCAGUCUGUUACAAAAGAAUUUCAUAAAGCAUUGGACAGCUUGUUGAAUUCUAUGGAAAUAAUUGUUCCAUGUGUGAUCUAAUCUUUUUUUUAAUGAAAGGCUGGUGACAUUUCUGAAACUUUUAUCAGCCUAGUAGGCUUUUUCUCAGCAAAUGCUAGUGCUAAACCAAGAUGUUAUUGUAAUGGAUGUUUCAGACCAUCUAGAGUGAAUAUCUCUCUUUUAUUUAUGGCAAACUACUCAUGAAUCGUCUAUUAACAUCUACACCAACACUGUGGAACACCACCUUCAAGAGUCCAGAAGACCACCUGUAGACCAAGAAUUCUGGCUCUGGCAGAGAUUUUCUUGGGGGAACUGGAGAGGUCUUUUUCCCUGCCUCAUUGCUCCUGUCAGCUGCUCACAUCGACAAAGCACAGAAUAGCAUAUUACGCAACAUCAAAACCAUUUCUGGUUUAUCAUAAACAUCAAGAUAAGCAGUGUGUCUGUUCAGAAACAGUUGAUCUGAUGGUUCCCAGGAGAAGGUGGGGCAUGAUGAAGGGAAACAUAAAAGAGAUAAGAUGUCCUUGAAGGAAACUGGUCACCAAUGGAGUCAGAGUCAUGAUCUUGUCUGCACAGAGAAAGCAGGGCACUGUGAAGGACAUUUGCCCUCAUGGGGCGGACACAGAACCCAAGGACAACCAUGGAGCCAUCAGGCUGUGAUCUCUCUGGCCAGAACUAUCCCAGAGCAUACAGUGAUCAAGCACAGAAAGCCUCAUCCCAAGAAGAGGGAAGAGUGAUGCACACAGAGCCCCAGUGAAUUCAUCCUAGAGCUUUGAAACAUGUUAGUCAAGACUUAUGUAGCUACUCUUUGAAUAGUCUGAAAGUAAUAAUCAGAUGAGACUGUUAGACAAUCCUCAGGUUAUUCACAAUCUGACCAAACAUGCCACUGCUGCAGGAUGCAAAUCCUUUUAACAAAAUUAAUUACCUUUUCCAGGAAAGCACACAGUUGUAAAAGUGUUCAGAAUUGUCUCUGAAUUCUUAAUUGUUCCUUUAUCUAUUUCCUUCACCUGGAAUUACUUGUCAUGUUACUCUCUUAGGUCCUGUCCUUCAGACCUUCCUCGACCCUUUCCAGUGCUUGUUCCUGCUGUCCUUUUCCUAGGUGAAAGCCUAGGUGAGAGCAGGCUCAGGCCCACAUCCUCCCCAGUAUCUCUCACAAGGUUGGUUCUCAACCACCAGAAACAGUAAGCAAUGCUUGUCUUGGAUGUCUUGGAAAGAAAGAAAUGGAACAUAUUGAGCUAUUUUAGCUCCCACUGUCAGAAUAAACCCAGAACAGACAGAAUGAGAAGCCAGUCCAGUGAGGAUGGCAAAAUUAUUAUUACAUAUUGCUUUUGGCUGAAGCAGCACAAACUAGAUAUUCAGGCUGUUCCUAGUUUGUGUUUGUUAAGAGAAGACACUGAACAUGUAAGUCAGGUAUUACCUUUGACUGAGCUGAGAAAGUACCUGUCAUCCUAUAUCAUCUCAUUAACAAAUAAGAGAAGACAAUAACACUUAAGAUUUUUUGUUUGUUCAAAAUGCCGAUAUUUCAGGUUAUUUUCAAAGUGAUUAGCAUCAUUAUCACACACACAAGAAAAUAAUAAAGUGAGAGACUUUGGUUCAAGGAAAGCAGGGUUAGAAAUAAUUCUUCCUCUAGCAGACUAAAUGAUAAGGACCCUACUCCACUCCCAAGAAGCUCAGGGAAUUCUCUGUUGUUGUGCCUGUAUUAGGAGUGAAAGGUGAAGAGUAAUUCAAAUCACUGAAAACAAGAAAUAAAAAGUCUUGCCUGAAGAACCGCUAGCUACUUCUAUGUAUAUCAUGUAUCAUGUAAAACAAACUAGGAAGUGGCUAAUACUGAGCAUGACUCAAAGCCACAGCUAAAGUUGCUGACAGCUAAAGCAAACAUUAUGGAUUAGCUUUUCAUAUUUUUAUGACUGAAAAGUCUUUUACAAACUCAACAUUCUUCACAGCCAGUUGGGUCUUGAUAAAAUUAAAUGGCCAUGUUGUAAGAAGUUCAAGCAUUGACUUGUAUAAAAUUGAAAUCCGUGUAACAUAACUGCAAUUAUUCAUUUCCAAAACAUAGUAUUUAUGACAAUUCAUUUAUUUGUAAGAGGGGUAUUUAUAUGUUCCCUGUCACUGUGUAUGCAUUAUUUUAUAAUAAUUUUGCAUGACUGUUCGUUCAUACUGCAUAGCAGGAAGGAAGACUUAGUUGCGUGAUCAGUUCAUGUGAAAUCAUUUGCAUCUGCAAAUUAGGAAAUUUAAGGAAGUUCAAAAGCUGUAGGGGAAAUGAUAAUCUGAGUAACUUUCUGGUUUGCAGAAUUUGCUAUUAAAUAGUGGUGCAUUGUAAAAAAACUGACAGAUCUAAACACUUGCAAGCUUAAGUGUCUUUGCAGCUCUGAUCCAAAAUCAAACAAAAUAGAGGAGGAGGGUUUUUCCACAAGGAGAGAAGAAAGAUGUUUGAUGCUCUUGGACUCACAUGCGUGAUUUGUUGGUGUAUGAUGCUAUUUUGUCCUUUACAUGCUGACCUCCAGUGUUUGGGGUCAGGGACACAAGAAUUUCUUAUCUCAAACUUGACACUGGAUCGGAGAAGAAUGGAACUGUCCUGGCAAAGCAGCAAUAACUUCUCCAGUUACAAGUGUACCAUGGCUGCAAACUUUGAACACAGAGAAAUGGAGGUGAAGAACAACUUGUGCAGGUUUGAAGUAGAAGACAGUGUGCCUCUGUACAGAGGAGCAGUCUUUACCAUGACAGUACCAAAGACAAACAUCUCAAAAGUUUGCCCAUUUAUCCCUGCAGGCGUUAAUGGGUCAGCCAUUGAGAACUUCUCCUGCAUGAUUUAUGACAUUUCCCUCAUGAACUGCACUUGGCAGGCAGGCAGGAAUGCUCCAGGAGAUACCCAAUAUUUUCUCUACUGGCAGAACUCGAGAGAUGAUGACCAGACAGAAUGUGAGCUUUACAUUAAAGAUGAAAAUAACAGAAACAGGGGAUGUAAAUUCCAAAAUGUGACAAUUAAAGAUAAAACUACUUAUUUCCUGGUGAAUGGAUCCCACAAAGACUUCCUGAUCCAGUUCUAUGAUAAUUAUACAAAGCUAUACACAAUUGAAAGACUCCCGCCUCCAUUGAGUGUCACUGCCAACUGUACUAGCAAUCCAGGAGGUUGCAUAAUUAGAUGGCAACAACCCCUCCUAAGUCAUGUGGAAAACGCAGACUGUUUUGAGUAUGAAAUUAACAUAGAAAAUAAGGACAAGAUCCCAAAAGAGAAAAAGGAUCCUCCUGUAAUUGUAGCUGAAAACAAAUAUGAAUUCAAAAGUUACAACGCGAAAGAAAAAAACAUUCUGAAAAUCAGAGCACGUGGAAAAAGAAGAUGUUCUGUAAACAGAAAGUGGGGGGAAUGGAGUGACCCUAUAGAGUUUGGUGGAGAGAAAGAUUACUUUCUUUUUGUGAUUUUACUUCUGAUAGCACUUGGAACAAUCCUGGUGACGCUGCUCCAUUAUUGCCUUUGCAAGAGGUACUGCAGUUCAAAAAGAAUAUUUCCUCCUAUCCCACAACCAAGAGGCAAAUUCAAUAUGGCCGCUGAGGAUGAUAUCCAGACAGAGGACGUGCCUCUACCUCAAAAAAGUUGUACUGAGGAAGUGACUGUGAUUGAAGAGGUGACCUAAUCUUCCAGAAAGAAAACAGAUUUGGAUUCAACACAAAAAUCACACGCCUCCAACAGCAAUGGGAAUCACUGAAAUACCAUGAAGAACUUCAGUGGCAUAGCUGAAGUCCUCCAUAAAUUCAGUGUAACAACUACAGGAUUUGGAUUCAAAUCCAUAAUAAGCUUUACUAACUUGGUUUUAAGCAGCUCAUCACACCAGCCCAUUUCCUUCCAAGUGUGCAGGUCCCGUUUCCAAAGCUAUUACAAAUAUAGUCUUUUUUUGUUAAACCAAUUCCCAAUCCUUUCCUGCUGUAAGUAUCUUCCAAAAGAACCUCAUUUCACCAACUAUGUGCUUCAAUAAGGCAGAAAACAAAUGCUUUUUUUAAAAGUCUCAUUUAUUGUUUGCCUCUUAUGUUCCCACACUGCAUAACCACAUUGAAAAAUGCUGCUGGAUGACUAAGGGAAGCGACAUACUAGAAAAAUAAACACCGAGCAGUACAUGCUGAAAUGCACAGCAGAAGUAAGUUGCAUUUCCAUUUAAGUAACAACCCACACUUGCAUUGAUUAUUUACUUCCCCUGAUUAAUACCUAAUUUUAUUGGUGGGGGUGGUGAAAAAAGAUCUCAUCCCCUUUUCAAGGGUUGCUUGAGUUAAUUGUCAUGCUUGCUUCUUCCUCACAAAGUUCGGUCACCAUGCACUCACAGUAAGGUUAUAUGAGGGGCUCUAUCAUUAUAUACCUACCUUUUAAGCCACCGACAUAGAAAAUAAGCCUAUGAAAUGUAUUUAUAUACUCUUCCUCUGUCUCUUGAAAUCAAUAGUUUGAAUUAAAACAGCAGCUUGACUGGAAAGGUCAGCAUUGAGUGACCUGCUCACACUACAAGAGCAACUAUUACUAAAGAUUAAAAAAACAACCAAACACUUGCAGUAGGUACAUAAAAUUUGCCAUUAGCCUGUGUACAGAGUAGCUAUGUCAUGUACUUACAUUCAUAGAAAGAUGCUGAAAGCAGUGCUUGUGCCAUGGAACAUCACAUUGGUGCAAAAUUACCAGCCAAAGCCAUGUUAUAGAUUUUAAAUAUCUCGAGUAGCAACCUCAGAAGGCACACAAAAAAACCUCCAGAUAGCUCAGUCAGCCUCCAAUGACUCAUUACAAUGACAUUUUCACAAACACAGGGUGAGUUAUAAGACCGUACUGAAAGAUAAACGCCUUGUUUUCAUUUACUGGUCCCCCAUCACAUCUUUGCAGAUGACAAAGUA